CUAAAUCCCUUUGAGAUUCAGAUAACAAUGGGCUGUGAGCUGCACCCUGGGGGAGCCAAGGUAGCCUUCUAUCGAUUUGCUUAUCAAGGAUCAGAGCUCUUGUACUACCAGAACAAUUCAUUGUUUCCAUCUCCAAAUGGUGGAACAAGAGCUCAGGAUGUGUACAGACUAUUUAAUCAGAAUCGUGCCAUCAAGAAAAUAGUUCAGAAGAUUCUCAGUGACACCUGCCCACGUUUCCUCUUGAGUAUUCUUGAUGCAGGGAAGGCCGAUCUCCAGAGACAAGUAAAACCAGAGGCCUGGCUGUCCACUGGCUCUAAUCCUGGUCCUGACCAUCAGAUGCUGGUUUAUCAUGGCUCUGGUUUGCAUCCGAAGUCAAUUUGGGUAAAGUGGAUGCGAGGUGAACAGGUACAACAGGGCACUCAACAAAGUGAUAUCCCGCCCAAUGCUGAUGGCACAUGGUACCUUCAGGUUUUCUUGGAUGUGGAAGCCACUAAGACAUCUGGCCUGUAUUGCCGGGUGAGACAUAGCAGCCUAGGAGGCCAGGACAUCCUCCUCUACCUGGAACAUCAUCAAGGCUCCGUGGGCUGGAUCAUCUUGGCAGUGAUGGUGCCCCUGGUGCUUCUGACAGCUCUUGCAUUUUGGCUUAGGAAGCGCUGGUGA